AAAUUCUUUAAAAAGGUUUUCAAAAUAAUCCUACUUCAUCACUUAAUCAGAAAAUUUUCGGCUUGAAGUCCCUAAUUUUACGAUUCGGCUUGAAGUCCCGUCGGCUUGAUGUCUGGCACCCGGUAUCGGUUAUAGUUAUAGUCUGAGUUCUGGUUACAUUUGUUGGAUUGUACUGUAUCAUUGUAGUCAUGCAAUGAAGUAGCUUGAUGUUUUAGUUUUAGAUAGAUAUUGCUGUUUUAGCUGCGAUGUUGAUGUUUCAGUUGUAGUUUGAAAUGCGCAUAAUGCCGCCUGUAAGCUCAAAAGCAAUACAGAUGUAGUACUGUAUGGUAUCAGCGGCUUAUGGUACCAUACGGUAUAUAAUGCGUUUUUCUAGCUUUUCGCUUUUCUAAGAUAUUGUGUAUUUCUCAGAAACGCGCAUUUCUCAGAAAUAUUAUUUAUCCGUUUAUUGCACCGGAGUUCUUAUUGCUCAGUUUUGUUGCGUAUCGAAUAUAGCUGUUUUUGAUAGUUCCCUCCUUUUCCCUUCUUGCAACCAGAAGCAAAACUGACGAAAAGUGUUGCUCCUGUGGCCGUCGAUUCAAAUGUCUGUGGAAUUGCGUGAUGGUGGUACUCUGGCGGCAAGAGACUAUCAGAUUCGUUUAUUCGAGCAAGCAUUGGGUGAGAACGUGAUAGUGUGGUUGGAAACAGGGUCAGGCAAGACUUUCAUUGCCCUUCUGCUGAUGAAAGAGUUGUGCCAUGAGACGUGUGGAAAGUACAGAAGUGAAAAGGGAGGUAGACGAACUGUGUUUGUGGUGAAUUCAGUGGCCUUGGCUAAGCAGCAGACCAAGUACAUCGAGCAUCAUUCUAAUCUGAAAGUGGAUUAUUUCACGGGCGAAAAGAACGUUGACAGAUGGCUCCAGCCGGAAUGGAACAGAGAGUUGGAGAAGAAUCAGGUGCUUGUGAUGACUGCACAAGUGUUAGUCGACAUGUUGAAUGCUGGCUUUAUUACCUUCUGUGACCUAAAUCUUCUGAUAUUUGACGAAUGCCAUCACGCGACUGGAAAGCACCCUUACAAAAUUAUUAUGAACGGCUUUGCGGAGAGAAAACAGACGUUAACACAUGGAACAAUGCCGAAGGUGUUUGGUCUAACUGCGUGUGUCUUCACAAGCAAAGUUAAAACCGGUGAUGCAAUGGCAAGAAAAAUGACCGAUCUUGAAAGAACAUUCUUCGCAAAAGUCAUCACUUCACCUUAUGACAAGUCAAGCUUCUCGGCUAAGCCUGCUGUGAAUCUUAUUCGUGCGAAAGAUGACGCCAAGGUUCGUGAACUUGAAGGAUUAAUUGAACUGGGUGAGCAGAUUGAACAGUUAGAUCUUACCCUCGAAACAACCUUGGCUCAAUUUGAAGACGUGAGCAAAAAUAUCGCAAAAAGUCGAACUGAAAUUGACGUGAAACAUUGUUUUGAUGUGUUAGGAAUCGAAGCUUUGAAAGUGCUCUUGGAGAAAGUUUUGAAUCGAUCUAUUGGGUCUCAUCAACUAAGUGUACAUGAAAUGCAAUUGGUACAAGAGUUACAGGCAAAAGUUACUUCUGUGGCAAUAAGCGCUCAAGUGAAGUUUGGUUUCGACCAGGAUCUGUACACGAAAUCGCUCAUGAGGCCCAAACUAUAUUCCUUAUUGCAGUUACUGAGAAAAGUUGGUGGCUUGCCUGGAAAAAAUAAGUUCUGCGGGAUCAUUUUUGUGGAAAGAAGAUACAGCACGGCUGUUUUGAGGGACUUCUUGCUUCAAGCCAGCAAAGACUUUGAAAGCAUCAGAUUUGUAAAACCGGUGUUUGUAGUCGGUCAACUAAAUUCAACAUCAGGCGUUAGAAUAAGUGAACGUGAACAAGCGGAAUCGCUGAAUAAGUUCAGAAAAGGUGAAGCUAACCUCCUGAUUGCGACCAAUGUCAUCGAAGAGGGCAUUGAUGUUCCGCAUUGUAAUUUCGUGUGCAAAUUUGACCUCCCGCAGAACUUCAGGUCAUACAUUCAAAGCAAAGGGCGUGCCAGAGCUCCCAACUCAAACUACUUUGUGAUAGCAAGCGAAGUCGAAUACCCAGAUUUCAAACUGAAACUAGAAGGUGAGUUUGCUACUAUAGAGGAAUUUAUCACCACUGAGAGUUGUAAUCGAGUUUUGCCGUCUGAUACUGAAUGUUUUGCGCAGAAUGAAGAAUCUUCUCUUGAGAGCUACGCGCCGUAUGCGGAAUCAGAUGGAGCAAGAGUAACUGCGGCCUCUGCUCUUGCAUUGUUGAAUAAAUAUUGCCAGUGUUUGCCCUCGGAUAGGUUCUCUUAUUGGAAGCCGAAGUUCAUCGUUGAACAAUUAGGAGAGCAAAGUUUCAUAGCUACUCUCUAUUUGCCGUCAUGCUCGGUCUUGAAAGAGCAAAUAAAAGGGUUAGAGCAAAGGUCCCUAAAAGGUGCUAAGGUUUCGGCUGCUUUGAAGGCUUGCGAGUUGUUACACAAAGUGGGACAGCUUGACGAAAAUUUGCGACCUGUGAGAAGUAAGUCUAAGAAAAGGUCAGGAGGGAGAGGAGGUCGAAACCACAACUCGAAUGGAGAAAACGUUGUUCUAAAAGUGAAAAGAUUCUACCCACCUUCAGUUUCGGGGAAAGUGAAUGAAGUUCACAAGUUGUUCUGGCAUGAAAUUCGCAGUGCUAACUUGGACCAUGAUUGGAUAUGUAAUUUCUUGCCGGGGUUCAUAAAAUACCCCUCGGUAUCGGUUGGCUUCUUGACCGCAUCUAAAAUCCCUACGGUACCAAGCGUCGUAAUUUACAGCUUGUACGGAACCGAAGUAAGAUCAAUGGAAUUUCAAAAGGAAGUCACUCUAAAUGGUCACGAUAUUCAGAAGUUGAUUGAAACAAAUCGAUGGUUAUUUGAGGAAGUCCUCAAAAUACCAAACAUCAAGUUAGAUAUGGAGAACAGUCCGUUUCAGUUGAUCGCAGCUAUUAUAGACCAGGAGAGAGGCGACUUUUUAAACAAGGAUGAAAUAAUCGAGCAUUCUACAUGGGCUGCUCCGCAGAAUUCUGUCUUCAAAUUUCCGACGAGAGGAGUCGAUUUAGCAAAGAACAGAGAUAGGUUGCACCUGGUAGAGUAUGUCACAGCGUGCGGCGGCCAAGCGACGGUUCGGAAAAUUGGUGAUAGUAUUGCAUAUGGUGCAAAAGAUAGAGUUAGACGAUCGGAGCAUAGGCCCCAGUAUCCUUUGAGCGAAAGUGUGAGACAAAUGUUCACAGCAGAAGUGCUCUACAAUGCCAUGUGUUUACCUACUGUAUUGUUCCGACUGAAUUCGUUGAUUUUUUGUGAGGAUUUCAUGGCUGAUGUCUUCGCCAAGUUGUGCUAUGACGAUAACGUGGUGGCGUCCUGUCCCAAUGAAAGGGCACCCACUCUUAGCGGCAAAGGGUUUACAGUUAUUCCAUCUGUUUAUGAAGGUGCAGCACUCGAGUUUAAGAAAUUGGUGUCCGAGACGAAAAAUAUGUCGGACCAAGAUCAGUGCUGGAUUGGACCGGCGCCCAUCAACCUGUUGAAAUGUUUUACGCUCAAAAGCGCGCACUCGGGCGAAGGUUUGCAUCUGGAGCAGUUUGAGAUCUACGGAGACGCUUUCCUCAAAUUUGUAGUUAGUCGAUAUCUGUUUAUGCAACAUCCGGAUAUGGACGAGGGAGAUCUAACUGAGAAGAAAAUCAGGGUCAUCAGCAACAGCAACCUCGUGAAGGUAGCCAAGGAAAAAGGGCUAGACAAGCUUAUUGUAGCUGAAAGAAAUGUGCCUCGCGAAAACUGGCUACCGCCUCUCUUUGUUGCUUCUGACUCGGCUGAACAGUCUAUAGCAGACAAGCUGAUGAAGCAAGUGUACAGUGAAAAGAGCAUCGCAGAUGUCGUUGAGGCCUUGAUCGGGUGCUUUCUCCAGUGCUGCUCCGAAGAUUUUGCCUUGCAUUUCUUGAACUCGUAUCUGAAGAUCAAAGUGCUCCAAAACCCAGAAGGAGGCUUUGAAAUCCCGGAUUCCUGCAAGGUUGGUGGAACUAGAAGCGAACCUUCUGACGAAGUUGACGUUCUUCUUGCAAACCUCCCGGAUGUUGGGAAAUACUCGUUCGGGGAUCAACUCUAUCUAGUUCAAGCGUUGACGCACUCAAGUUAUACCAGGAACAAUCUAACUGACAAUUAUCAACGUCUGGAGUUCCUAGGAGAUGCUGCUUUGGAUUAUGUCAUUACAAAGCAUCUAAUCGAAACGUAUCCCCACUUUGAUCCGGGAAUGCUGACUGACAUGCGAUCUGCACUUGUGAAUAAUGUUCUGUUUUCAUCCUUGGCUGUAAAAUUGGAUUUGCAUAAGGCGUUGAAGCAUCUUUCUUUGGAGCUGCAACAGGAAAUCAACAGAUUUGUUGAAUUUUUGGAGAAAAGUCCGAUUGCCAUUGAAAAUGGAGGCCUGAUCACUUUCUGUGACAUGAUUAGCAACACUUCAGCUGAAGUGGAUGGAGAUACUGUGGAUGAUCCGAAGCCUCUUGGGGACUGCCUCGAAGCACUGGUUGCUGCCAUCUACUUAGACUCGGGACUGAAUCUGGAUUGCGUCUGGAAGUUUCUUUACCCACAUCUACAACACAUUAUUGAAAGGUACGCCAGAGACAUUCCGAAAAAUCCGAUACGAGAACUUUAUGAAAGAUUUUCGAACGCCAAUGUCGAAUUUAGAGAAGUUGAAGACGACGGCACAAGCGAUAUGAGCGACAGUGACAGUAAUAUUAUGUCGGAUCCGAAUUUGCUGAUAACAUCUCAUUUGAAGUGCGUGAAAUGUUUGGCCAACGGCAAAGAGUUUGAAGGAAAAGCGGGCAACUAUAAAAACGCUAAACGAAGAGCAGCUAAAAAGGCUGUAGAGUUCUUUGAAGGAAAAUGAAUUACUCAAACUGCUAAUAAUGAUGAUGGUUGAUCAGAUUAGCUGCAUCGAUAGAUACACUAAUCAUACGAAAUUUAGAAUUAUUUGCUGAUUGGAAAUCUAAGCUGUUUGUCUGUUCAAUUAACUUUUCUCCAGUUUAGUUGAAUCAACUCAUUGCCAUAAUUUAAAAUCCU